CGGGGCCAACCUCAACGGCGUCAGCCGAGGUGCAGGAGCCCAAGAGGCCCCAAGUGCUCAGACAAUCCCGGGGCAGCUGAACCGCCCGCUCACCCCGCGCGGGGCCGGCCCGGACAAAGGCCGCAGCCCCCUCCCUCCGCCGGCCGAGGCCACGAGCGGGCCACUGCCCUUUCCAACAGGUUUUGCAAUCAACUAUUAAGGUGCAACUAUGCCCAAAAGAAAGGCUCCAGCUGAAGGCGAGGCAAAGGAGGAGCCAAAGAGAAGGUCAGCCAGACUAUCUGCUAAACCUGCUCCACCCAAACCGGAGCCAAAACCCAAAAAGGCAGCACCUAAGAAAGAAAAAGCAGCAAAUGAUAAAAAGGAGGACAAAAAGGCAGCAACAAAAGGGAAGAAAGGAGCCAAAGGCAAAGAGGAAACUAAACAAGAGGAUGCUAAAGAAGAAAACCACUCUGAAAAUGGAGAUACCAAAACUAAUGAGGCACCAGCUGCUGAAGCAUCUGAUGAUAAGGAAGCCAAGUCCGAGUAAUGUUAACCCUGCCCUAUAUCUCCAUCAUUUGGUAUCCGUACCUCCAUGCUGUAUUGUUAACAGAGAGGAAUAUUUUUAUCAACUAUUUUAUAAAUGCAGGUUUUUUUAGCAUGAAUUUAAUUAUGGAACAUCUUCAUCUCGGUUACUUGGGAAUUAAAUCCCUAACAAACAAAACAACAAAAAAAAGUCAUUGUUUCUAAAUUUUGUGAUUGUAAUAGUUUGUAUGGUACAUGGAAAGAAUAAGUGGUGGUAGCUUUUGACUUCUGUCAGUGUGUCCCUUUCUGUGUAACUCAUGCUUACAGACUUCAGAUUUUAAUUUUUCCCUUGUAUGUGUUGUACGGUUUCUUAAAGUGGGGAGGUCUCAAAACAAAUAACCGUGUGAAACAUUCCAGUGGUUCUGUGGGUUGCUUUUAUAAAGAAGGUGAGCUAUUUUCAUGAAAAAAAACCUAAGAGCUGGAAAUCUGUUGUUUCCCAAAUGUAAUUUUAUUUUGUCAGUUUUGAAAAAAAAAAGAAAAAUAAAUAAAUAAAAGUGUAAUCCUGUUUUUAAAUGAAAUACAAACAUUUCUUUUCAAAAAGGGCAGGUUGGUUGUAUGUACCCACUGUUAGGAAUUUUGCUGGAUUUAUCUUAAUAAAAAAGACUCCUCAAAAGCUGA